CAAUCCCCGGACCUGUUGUCCUGCCGUAACCGCUUGUCUUUUUUUUCUCAUUCCCCUCCUUUUCUCCCUCACUUUCCUUCCCAUUCCCAUCUUUAAACCUUCCUUGCAGACGGGUCUUCAGUUUGAACUGACCUCUACCUUCCCCGUGCUGCGCCCGGUGACGACAUUGUCUUAUCGCCCUAUCGAUCAGUCCCGCCCAAAGAAUCCCGGCGGAGAUCUCCAGACACAUCCCUCCAAAAAAGUCCCCUCUGUGUGUCCAUUCUCUGUCGGCCCCCGGCGAGAAGAAUGGGUCUUAACUUGGAGGAAAUCUAUGGCAAAGAUUUAAGUGAAGCCCAAGCUCCUCAGGAGUAUUCGGAGUAUCAGCCUAAGAAAGGCUAUGGCUGGGCCAAUACACUGCCCGAGCGGCAGGGUCUCUAUGACCCCGAAUAUGAAAAGGAUGCCUGUGGUGUAGGAUUCGCAGCCCAUAUCAAGGGCAAACCGAGCCACAAGAUUGUGAGCGAUGCCCGCAAUCUGUUGUGCAACAUGACCCACCGUGGAGCCGUUGGCUCGGACGCACGAGACGGUGAUGGUGCUGGUGUGAUGACCAGUAUCCCCCACAAGUUCUUCAUCAAGAAUUUUGCCCGCGAGGUAGGCGUGGACCUCCCUCCACUGGGCCAGUAUGCCGUCGGAAACUUGUUCUUCAAGCCAGAUGAGGAUGCUUUGAAGCAAUCGAUCGCCAGCUUCGAGGAAUUGGCAUCCUCGCUCGGCCUCCGCGUCCUGGGAUGGCGGGAGGUGCCCCGCGACUCCACGAUUCUAGGUCCAGCUGCGCUGUCGCGUGAGCCCAUUAUCAUGCAGCCGUUUGUAGUUUUCAAAUCUGCCUACGGCGAGGGCAACAAGCCCGAAAUCACUGAUACCGACAAGUUCGACGCCCGGUCUUUUGAACUUCAAUUGUACAUUCUGCGGAAGCGUGCCACCCACGUUAUUGGGAUGGGUAACUGGUUCUACCUCUGCUCUCUCAGCAACCGGAAUAUUGUCUACAAAGGCCAGCUGUCCCCGGUGCAAGUUUAUCAAUACUAUCAUGAUCUAGUCAACGUCGACUAUGAGGGUCACUUUGCCCUAGUCCACUCCCGUUUCUCGACUAACACAUUCCCCUCCUGGGAUCGUGCUCAGCCAUUGCGAUGGGCCGCUCACAAUGGUGAAAUUAACACAUUGCGCGGAAACAAAAACUGGAUGCGUGCUCGCGAGGGAGUUCUUCGUUCAGAUGUCUUUGGUGACGAGUUGGACCAAUUAUACCCCAUUGUGGAGGAAGGCGGCUCCGACUCGGCAGCUUUUGAUAAUGUUCUGGAAUUGCUCAUGAUUAAUGGUGUUCUAUCUCUGCCCGAGGCUGUGAUGAUUAUGAUCCCCGAAGCUUGGCAGGACAAUCCAGCGAUGGACCCGGCCAAGUCCGCCUUCUAUGAGUGGGCGGCAUGCCAGAUGGAGCCCUGGGAUGGCCCGGCUCUGUUCACUUUCUCUGACGGCCGUUAUUGUGGUGCCAACCUUGACCGUAACGGUUUGCGCCCGUGUCGCUUCUAUGUCAUGGAUGAUGAUCGCAUCGUUUGUGCCUCUGAAGUUGGUGCGAUUGACAUAGAUCCCGAGCGUGUGGUUCAGAAGGGCCGUCUGCAGCCUGGAAAGAUGUUGCUGGUAGAUACCGUGGCUGGUCGCAUCAUCGACGAUUCAGAAUUGAAGCAGACCGUUGCCAGACGUCACGAUUUUGCCGGCUGGCUGGACAAAGAGCUCCUGAAGUUGCCUGCUAUUAACAAGCUACUGCUGGAUCAAAAUGUGGAUCUUUCCUUCACCCUUGAUGAUAACACCGUACAAAACGACCCUCGUCUCCGCGCCUUCGGCUAUUCCUUCGAGCAGGUCAGCCUGCUCCUGGGUCCCAUGGGUGCAGACUCCAAAGAAGCCCUGGGCUCCAUGGGUAACGAUGCACCCUUGGCCUGCAUUGCUCAACAACCUCGUCUGCUCUAUGAAUACUUCCGCCAGCUGUUUGCUCAGGUUACCAACCCUCCCAUUGACCCCAUUCGGGAGGCUGUGGUCAUGUCCCUUGAGUGCUACGUCGGUCCGCAGGGCAAUCUGCUGGAGAUGGACCAAACUCAGUGUCACAGACUGCUUCUCCCGUCUCCUAUUUUGAGCAACUCUGAAUUCAACGCCCUCAAGAACAUAAAUCACGCUCAUAAGGAUUGGAAUGUUUGCACCAUCGAUAUCACAUUCGACAAGAAGAAGGGUACUGCUGGCUAUCUCGAGGCACUGGAUGCUAUCUGUGAUGCUACUACUCAAGCCAUCACACAAGGUGACAAGGUCAUCAUUCUGUCUGACCGUGCUACCAACGCUGACCGUGUUCCUGUCUCCGCUUUGUUGGCUACCGGAUUGGUUCACCACCACUUGGUUCGCAAUAAGUGGCGUUCCCUCGCUGCUUUGGCCGUUGAGACUGCCGAAGCCCGUGAAGUUCACCAUCACUGUGUCCUUCUUGGAUACGGUGCCGAUGCCAUCAGCCCGUACCUCGCUAUGGAGUGUCUCCUCAAGAUGAACCGUGAGAAGCUCAUUCGCAAAGACCUUCCCGAUGGCAAAGUCAUCGAAAACUACAAGGCUUCCUGUGAUGGUGGUAUCCUCAAGGUCAUGAGCAAGAUGGGUAUCUCCACUCUCCAGUCCUACAAGGGUGCUCAGAUCUUUGAGGCUCUUGGUAUCGACGACAGCGUUAUUGACCGCUGCUUUGCUGGAACCGCCAGCCGUAUUCGCGGUAUUACAUUCGACUUGAUUGCCCAGGACGCUUUCGCUUUCCACGAGCGUGGCUAUCCCUCGCGUGACAUCGUCGAGAUUCCCGGCCUCCCCGAGUCCGGUGAAUACCACUGGCGUGAUGGCGGCGAGGCCCAUGUCAACGACCCUGUCAGCAUUGCUAACAUGCAGGAUGCUGUUCGCACCAAGAACGACAAAUCCUACGAGGCUUAUGCCAAGGCAGAGCACGAACAGAUCAAGAAUUGCACUCUGCGUGGUAUGCUUGACUUUGACUUUGACCAGAGAACUCCCAUUCCCAUUGAUCAGGUUGAACCUUGGACUGAGAUUGUUCGCCGCUUCGUAACUGGCGCCAUGUCUUACGGAUCCAUUUCCAUGGAAGCUCACUCCACUCUUGCCAUCGCCAUGAACCGACUGGGAGGCAAGUCCAACACCGGCGAAGGUGGUGAAGAUGCCGAACGCAGCGAUCGUAUGGAGAACGGUGACACCAUGCGAUCUGCUAUCAAACAGAUUGCCUCUGGCCGAUUUGGUGUGACUUCGAACUAUCUUGCUGAUGCCGAUGAACUGCAGAUCAAGAUGGCCCAGGGUGCUAAGCCCGGUGAGGGUGGUGAGCUGCCUGGCCAUAAGGUCCUCGGUCCUAUUGCUCGUACUCGUCACUCAACCCCUGGAGUUGGCCUGAUUUCCCCUCCUCCCCACCACGAUAUUUACUCCAUCGAGGAUCUGAAGCAGCUGAUUUACGAUCUCAAGUGCUCCAACCCGCGCGCUCGUAUUUCUGUCAAGCUGGUAUCCGAAGUCGGUGUUGGUAUCGUCGCCUCUGGUGUCGCUAAGGCCAAAGCUGACCACAUCCUGAUCUCCGGUCAUGAUGGUGGUACUGGUGCCUCGCGCUGGACUGGUAUCAAGUAUGCCGGUCUUCCUUGGGAGUUGGGUCUUGCCGAGACUCACCAGACUCUCGUUCUUAACGAUCUUCGUGGCCGUGUUGUCGUCCAAACUGACGGUCAAAUUCGGACUGGACGUGACCUCGCCAUCGCCUGUCUGCUUGGUGCUGAGGAGUAUGGCUUUGCAACCACUCCAUUAAUUGCCAUGGGUUGCGUUUUCAUGAGAAAAUGCCACCUCAACACUUGCCCCGUCGGUAUUGCCACACAGGACCCCGAGCUGCGGAAGAAGUUCAAGGGUACACCCGAAAAUGUAAUCAACUUCUUCUUCUACGUUGCCAAUGAGAUGCGUGCGAUCAUGGCCAAGCUUGGCGUUCGCACUAUCAACGAGAUGGUUGGUCGUGCCGAGCUGCUCAAGGUUCGAGAUGACAUUCGCAACCAAAAGCAGGAGCGUGUGGAUCUAUCGCUUAUCCUGACUCCUGCUCACUCGCUUCGCCCUGGUGUUGCCACCUAUAAUGUCCGAAAGCAGGAUCAUCGCCUCCACACUCGUCUCGACAACAAGCUGAUUGCUGAGUCUGAGCUUGCUCUGGAGAAGGGUCUUCCUUGCCGUAUUGAGUGCGACGUUGUCAACACCGAUCGCUCUCUUGGUGCCACUUUGUCGUAUCAGAUCAGCCGACGCUAUGGCGAGGCUGGUCUUCCUCAAGACACCAUCCAUGCCAACAUCAAGGGUUCUGCUGGUCAGUCCUUUGGUGCUUAUCUUGCCCCUGGUGUCACUCUGGAGCUUGAGGGUGAUGCUAACGACUAUGUUGGCAAGGGUCUGUCUGGUGGCCGUCUGAUUGUGUAUCCUCCUCGCGGUGCUGCUUUCAAGGCCGAGGAGAAUGUCAUUGUUGGUAACACCUGUCUGUACGGUGCCACUGGAGGUACUUGCUACUUCCGUGGAGUUGCUGCUGAGCGUUUUGCUGUCCGAAACUCGGGUGCUACCGCUAUUGUCGAGGGUGUUGGUGACCACGGUUGUGAGUACAUGACUGGUGGACGUGUCCUGAUUCUGGGUUCCACUGGUCGUAACUUUGCCGCCGGUAUGUCUGGUGGUAUUGCUUACGUUCUGGACAUGAACCAGGACUUCCACUCCAAGGUCAACAUGGAGAUGGUUGAGAUUUCUGGUAUCGAAGAGCCCUCCGAGAUCGCUUUUGUCCGUGGUCUGAUCGAGGACCACCACCACUACACUGGAUCCGAGCUCGCGGCUCGUAUUCUCCUCGAUUUUACCCGCGCUCUUCCUCACUUGGUCAAGGUGCUUCCCAUCGAUUACAAGCGAGUUAUGCUGGAAGAGGCUGCUAAGGCCGCGGCCGCGAAGAAGGCCGAGUUCUCUCUUCCUCAACUUCCCAGCACUCCAGUUCACAGUGCUGAGAAGGCCAAGGCUAAGACUGAUGAGAAGAAGGCAGAUAUGCUCGAUAUUGAGGAUAGCAUCGGCGACUCGAAGGUCGAGAAGAAACGUUCUGCCUUGAUUUUGGACAAGACUCGUGGCUUCAUGAAAUACAGUCGCCGCAGCGAGAAGUACCGUAACCCUACAACUCGUACCAGGGACUGGGCCGAAAUCUCCAACCGCCUCAGCGAGGAUGAGCUCAAGUACCAGUCGGCUCGUUGCAUGGACUGCGGUGUUCCAUUUUGUCAGUCGGACACUGGUUGCCCAAUUUCCAAUAUCAUUCCCAAGUGGAACGAGUUGGUCUUCCAGAAUCAGUGGCAAGAUGCUCUUAACCGCCUGCUCAUGACCAACAAUUUCCCCGAGUUCACUGGUCGUGUUUGCCCUGCUCCUUGCGAGGGUGCCUGUGUUCUUGGCAUCAACGAAGACCCUGUCGGUAUUAAGUCGAUUGAGUGCGCUAUCAUUGACCGUGGUUUCGAGAUGGGUUGGAUGGUUCCUCGUCCACCAAAAACCCGUACCGGCAAGACUAUUUCCAUUAUCGGAUCUGGUCCCGCUGGUCUGGCUGCUGCUGAUCAGCUGAACCGUGCUGGUCACUCCGUUAUCGUCUACGAGCGAGCUGACCGCAUGGGUGGUCUUCUCAUGUAUGGAAUUCCCAAUAUGAAGCUUGACAAGAAGGUUGUUCAGCGCCGUGUGGAUCUCAUGGCUGCUGAGGGAGUCAAGUUUGUGGCCGGUGCAGCUGUUGGCCCUGACUGUGAGGUUACCCUUCAGUCUCUCCGUGCUUCUAGCGACGCUGUAAUCAUCGCAACUGGUGCUACGGUUGCUCGUGACCUCAAGGUCCCUGGGCGUGAGCUGGAGGGUGUGCACUUUGCCAUGCAAUUCCUGCACAAGAACACCAAGUCUCUUCUAGACUCCGAUCUCUCCGACGGCGAGUACAUCUCUGCCAAGGACAAGCAUGUCGUUGUAAUUGGUGGCGGUGAUACUGGUAACGAUUGCAUUGGCACUUCAGUUCGCCACGGUGCCAAGUCGGUCACCAACUUCGAGCUUUUACCUCAGCCUCCGCCAGAGCGUGCCAAUGACAACCCCUGGCCUCAGUGGCCUCGCAUCUACCGUAUUGACUAUGGUCACUCGGAGGUCAAGACCCACAUGGGUAAGGAUCCUCGCGAGUACUGUGUCAUGUCCACAGAGUUCGUCGAUGAUGGCAGUGGUCGUGUAAGGGGUAUCAACACCGUGCGUGUGGAGUGGACCAAGAGCGCCACUGGUGGCUGGGACAUGAAGACUGUGGAAGGUAGCGAGCAAUUCUUCCCCGCCGACCUGGUCCUUUUGUCUAUGGGUUUCUUGGGACCCGAAGAUCGUCUUCUUGGUGAUGAUAUCGCUCGUGACCCUCGCAAGAACGUCAAGACUCCCCCUGGCCACUACUCGACCAAUAUUGCGGGUGUCUACGCCGCUGGUGACUGUCGCCGUGGCCAGUCUUUGAUUGUCUGGGGUAUCAAUGAGGGUCGCCAGUGUGCCCGUGAAGUUGACGCUUUCCUGAGUGGAGUCAGCUCCCACCUCCCUGUCACUGGUGGUAUUGUCCGUCGGCCUGCCAUUGACUCUGUUCCUCAGCCGACGGAGACCCAAGUCGUCGCCUAAAAACAUGGCUGACAUCACUGGGAUCUGUUUAUGAGAAUGACGGACAAUGAUGAUUUUGCAUGUGGUGUGGAAAAGUUUCCAAAAGUGGGAUUUGAUU